AUGCUUGCCGGAGUCCAGAUUCACACAAAGGAGGGCCAGCAGGCUCAGUCUGAGAUCCUCACCAACGACGCCCUCAAGUUCCUCGCAGCGUUGCACAGGACUUUCGAGUCCACCCGCCAGAGCCUCCUUACCGCUCGCGAGGCUGCUCAGCUUCGUCUCGAUGCGGGUGUUUCACUUGACUUCCCGGCAGAGACUGCUCACAUUCGUGCGGACCCCUCUUGGCUCUGCGCACCUCCCGCGCCCGGUUUGGAGGAUAGGAGAGUCGAGAUCACAGGCCCGACGGACAGGAAGAUGGUCAUCAACGCCCUGAACAGCGGCGCAAAGACCUUCAUGGCUGACUUCGAGGAUGCUAAUUCGCCUACGUUUGCCAACAUGAUCAACGGUCAGGUGAACCUGCGCGACGCCAUCAGAAGGCAGAUUGACUUCGAAUCCGGAGGCAAAUCGUACAGGCUUGUGGAGAAGCCGGCCGUUCUCAUUGUUCGUCCUCGUGGAUGGCACCUCGACGAGCCCCGUUUAACCAUCGACAACGCGCCAAUUUCGGGUUCGCUUUUCGACUUUGGUUUGUACUUCUUCCACAAUGCCAAGGAGCUUGUCAAGCGCGGCCUCGGCCCAUAUUUCUACUUGCCCAAAAUGGAACACUACCUCGAGGCGCGUCUCUGGAAUGACGUUUUCAACUUCUCGCAGUCGUAUAUUGGCAUGCCGCUCGGCACCAUCAGGGGCACCGUGCUCAUCGAGACUCUCCCCGCCGCGUUCCAGAUGGAAGAAAUAUUGUUCGAGUUGCGGACCCAUUCCUCCGGUCUGAACUGUGGUCGUUGGGAUUACAUCUUCAGCUUCAUUAAAAGGCGAAGAGCCGAUAAGAGCGCUGUCCUCCCGGACCGCAAGGAUGUCACCAUGGAGUCGCCAUUUAUGGACGCCUACGUCCGCCUACUCAUCCAGACUUGCCAUAAGCGCAAGGUUGCGGCUAUGGGCGGCAUGUCUGCACAAAUCCCGAUUAAGAACGACCCGAAGGCGAAUGAGAUCGCCAUGCAAAAGGUCAAGGCGGACAAGCUGCGUGAGGUCACCAACGGCCACGAUGGCACGUGGAUCGCGCACCCCCUCAUUAACCAGAUCGCCAUGGACAUCUUCAACCAGUACAUGCUUGGCCCCCACCAGUACCAUGUCCGCCGUGAGGAUGUCAAGGUCACCGCGGCCGACCUCCUGAACACCAAUGUGUCUGGCCAUAUCACCGCAGAGGGUAUCCGCUCAAAUGUCGCCACCUCGCUUGCCUACAGCGCAGCGUGGCUCGGUGGCGGCGGUUGCAUUCCCCUCAACUGGCUUAUGGAGGACGCCGCGACGGCAGAAAUCACCCGUGUGCAGCUCUGGCAGUGGGUCAAGCACAGUUCGCGGAUCUCUGACACCGGGGAGACGAUCUCCGCCGACCUCAUCGACCGCGUCGUGGACGAGGUCGCGCCAACGGUGAAGGGCGCCGGAAUCACAGAUCAGAACCUCGACAUCGUCAUCAAGUACCUCAAGAGCCAGAUUCGCAAAGAGUGGCCGAGCGACUUCCUGACGAGCGACUUGAUGGGCUAUCUCGCUGUUGCGGACGGUUGCCCGGCUCAGUGGCAGCGCAGCGUUCUGUGA